AGCUACAGGGGCCCGCCCUUCCCUCCUGGAACUGUCCCCCCACUCCUCCCCAUCGGACUCUCUCUCUCUAUCCAGCAGGCGGCCGUCGCACCGCGCCGCCUCCGCUCUCCCCUUCCGCCGCCGUCUGCUUCUCCGCGCGUCCCCUCGCAGGCCGCAGCCGCUCAGAGCACACACAGGUGCCAAAUCAGGAACAGCGAGCCGCCGCCGAUGCACGGAUGCAGGCAGCGGCAGAUAAUCUCGGGGAGCAAGCGCCGGGACCUGUCCCUGCAACCAAUUCUGAACAAGUUGCGAUGACCUAUCCGGACCGGGCCGUAGAACCGAACCAUUCAGGAGCAGAGCUGCACUUGGAAAAGGGAAACGUCGGCAAACAAGCGAUGCCAGGAGGAGGUCUACAGCUGACUGGUGGAAAUGAUCAGGAACACGCGUCGAAUGGCAUUGGCACAGCUGCACAAGGACUGUUGGCAGAUAUAUCGGAUAAACAAUCCAACUUGGUGGACCCUGGAAUGCAGCAGCACGCUGAAGAACAAGACCAAUUACACGGUGUUACACAAGGGCACGAAAUGUCUAGCAAUGAUACAAGCAGUGGGAGCGAUUCAGGUAGCAGUUCAGGGAGUGAGUUAGAUACUGAACUAGGAAAAUGCUUCUACCCUAGUUUCGAGGAAUUGGAGAAUUCAAGACCACCGGAAAUUGGAAUGAGAUUUCCAACCCUGGAAGAUGCAGAACGUUUCUACAGCACACAUGCUAUGCUAACUGGUUUUGCAGUAAGGAGGGGGUCGAAUUACAGGAGAGUGAAGUUUGACCUGGAAUGCAACAGAAGUGGUAAACUAAAGCCAACUGAGGACCUGAAGAGGAAGAGGAGGUCUAAUGCUUUGGGCUCACGGUGCCAAGCAAAGGUGAUAGUGAAGCUCCAUAACGAGCAAUGGGAGUUCAUAGGAGUUAAGCAUGAGCACAACCAUCCAUUAUGUCCAUCCCCAUCUCUCGCAAGUUUCUUUUUGAACCACAAAUACUUGUCAAGUGAAGAAAAGUUAUUUCUAAGAGUUCUGCAACAAAGUAGGGUAAAUCCAAGGAAAGCUAUGAAUAUUUUCAGGAGAAUGAGAAGCAACUUCGGAAAGGUAUCAUCAAUAAAAGAGAAAGAUACGAGCAAUUCACAGUGUGUAAACCAGUGGAGAAAAGAAAACUCAGAUGUUGAAACUGCACUGAAGCGCUUCAAAGAACUGGAGCUGCGGAGCCUAGGAUUUUCCUACACCAUGCAAAAAGAUGAAGAUAACAUAGUUAGGAGUCUUUUCUGGACUGAUGCGAGGUCGAAAGUAGAUUAUGAGAUUUUUGGAGAUUUCAUAUCGUUUAAUACCACAUACAGCACUAAUAGGCAUAACAUGACUUUCACCCCUAUUAUUGGAAUGAAUAGUCAUGGGAGAAUCCUUGUGUUUGGAUGCGCCUUGCUACAAGAUCAGAAAGCUGAAACCUUCAAGUGGAUGUUCCAAACUUUCUUGCAUGUGAUGGGAGGGAAACUGCCAAGAAUAGUCAUAACAGACCAGGAUGAAGGUAUGGCGACAGCAAUUUCUGAGGUCAUGCCACAAGUAAGGCACAGAUUUUGCAAGUUCAGUGUGAUGCGAAAAGCACAGGAAAUUCUAGGAGCCUUCAUGGCAGCAAGGGGCAACAUAAAUGCAGAGCUGCACGACUUGGUAGACAACUCACUGACCGAAAAGGAAUUUGAAGAAGGAUGGGAUUUUCUCACUGAGAGAUACGAUGCAAGUGAAAAUGAGUACCUCCGACUCAUGUGGGAAACAAGGAAAAACUGGGUGCCUGUUUAUUUCCAAGCAGAUUUCUGCCCAUUUGUCGAAUCAGCUGGAUAUUUUGAGGGGACAAACUUAUUAUUCAAAGACAACGUGCUUCCAAAGGACAGAAUCGAGAAGUUUAUUGAGCAAUAUGAGAGGAUGCAAGAGCAUAUAGUAAAAACAGAGGAAGAGGAUGCAUUGCAGUCAGCAACUGAACCAGCGUACUUCUCCAUGCAGCCAAUAGAAAAGCAUGCAGCGCGAAUAUACACAAGGCAAAUAUUUCUGAGAGCACAGAAUGAACUAUACUAUUCCACAGCAUUCAACGUGCAUGAGAUACAAGGAGGACACAGACUCGAAAAGGUCUUCAACUAUGAGAACCCGGAGUUCAGUAGAAAUUCUUUCGAAGUGCUAGCUGAACCUGGAACCCAUGCAUUUAAAUGCCAAUGUGCAAAGUUUACCAGGGAUGGGAUUCUCUGUUGCCACAUAUUCAGAGUUUUCACGCAGCUCGGAGUCAAAGAAAUACCGGCGCAGUACAUGCUGCCCAGGUGGGCUCCCAAAUUCAUAGAGGAGCGGCUGAAAGAGUACGAGGAGAGAUGCUCAAAGAGAACAGAAAACAAAACGAGAUACGCGAUGCUAUUGGGUAAAAUGGCGGAGAUCGGCAAGGGGAUAUGCGCGGACGGUGCGAAAAGCAGCUGCUUCAUGCUCGAACUAGACAAGGUUCAAGAGACAUUUGGCAGCGAUGGCGGAAGAAAAUCCUAGAAAAUGAUCAGGUCCUAAUGCGGAGCAAGUGAGAAUUAGCAAUUGUAGUGUCCUCUUCUCAAGCUCUUGGUAAUGCGCGAGGCAGCCAACCUUAUAUGUUAGUUAAACAUACCCUCAUCAACUAGGGUGGUGUAGUAAAUUUUACACCCCCUUAUCAUGGAUGAAUGAGUCAUAAUGUGCCUUUGGAAUUUUCCCUUAGGAAUUA